GUUAUCUGUUACAGAUAUGAAAUUGAAGCUCAGAUGCAGGAGUUGACAAACCUAAAGCAAAACCCAAAAGCAAGGCGCGACUACUCUGAAAGGGACAUUGAAUUGUCGGGAAAGCCUGAGGAAAAUCCUUUGAACAAAGAAUUAAGUCCUCAUCCUGUGCACAUUCGCAUCACGCUUGGCUCUGCUGGCUCGAUUCAACUGGUGUUGAUUAUUCGCUAUUUCGAACAAAUUAAAUGUGCGACAGCAUGGCCCCAAUUGAGCAUUUCCAAUAAUACAAACCAUCAAGGGGAUACUAAUUUCGUUCAGCAUCUCCUUCGGCAUUUGUUUGCAAACGAUUUGGGUAAUGAAAUACCUAUACCCGGUAUUCAAUACGAUUUACAGAAUAAGGAUCUGACACCAGAGGAAUGUAUACAAUAUCUGGAGUCUAAGGACUUUGGAAAAUCAUACUGUUGUUUACAAAUUAUAUGCUCUAUACCAACAGUCAACAGCUCGAUGUUGUAUAAGCAUGAGCUGAACUUGAAUAAAAGCAUGCGGGAGACCAUAGCUCGCAUUACACGGCGCUGGAACUCUUGGUUAAAUCUAAGUCAGCAAAUACGUGGUCUGACUAACAAGGACAUCGAUUUGUAUGCACUAAAAGAAAAUGUCUAUCCUGCGGCCUUGUCUUGCAGCCUAGUGCAGUGGACGGCGAUCACUCUCGAGGAAUUCCUAGCCCAAAAUUCAGACGUACUAAACAUUUAUCCGGAUGAUAAGGGAAUAACAUACAAUUCCUAUCGUGCAGUGAUUGUUCGUGGCUCUGCCAAAAUGUUUCAUUCGAAUACCGAGUAAUUAUCCAUUGGAAAUGCCACUCUGGAUAUUGAGUGUGCAUUGGAACGGUCGCCGUACAUCGCAGAAUAAUGCAGCUAUCAAGAUGAUGGAGUACUGGACCAACUCAUUGCAACCCCAACAGCUGGAAGCAAAUUAUCGUAUUCUGUACGCUCAGCUUUUCCGAACUAUUUAUAGUUUUGACAUCUUUCUGGAGACAGAAGGCUCAAUGCAGACGACUAUAGAAUACACCAAGGAAAGGCCUUAUAUAAGUGCAUUUGCAAAACGAUACCGAUUGCGUCCAUAUAAAUACAUAAAAAAGGGUUCCGUACACGCAUUCAAACAAUAAGGACCUAAAAACAAAUAUAAGAAUAUGGUUUUGUAAAAAAAAA